CCUGAAGGCAGCAGCAGUCAACGCGAUGAAACCCUGACACCCAAUAGGCUGAACCGGGCAGGUCACCUGACCCGCACUCUGAAUCACGUGACCCAUAUUCCAUCCACGCCAUUUUACAAUGUGGGACAGAGUGAGGCCACUUUUUUUUUUAUGGCUAACGAAUAAAAUGUGAAGUAGUUUUAUGCGCUGAGGACAAAGAGCGUCGCGGGUUUCUGAGUUAGUCAUGGAAGAGAUCAGCAAUGUAGCUGUACUCACCACACACUCCUCCACUGCCUCCUCUUCCUCCUCCAAUCCACUGGAAUCCCCUGCUCAAAGCCAAACCCGACAGGCCGUUAAGGAAGACACCUCUCAGAUUUUUCAACACAAGCAAGCUCCCAAUUCUCUGAUCCGAGUCAUUGAGAAGCUCAGUAAAAUAGUGGAGAAGCGUCCCCAGCGCACCUGCAUCUCUGCAGCACAGAAAAGAGCUUUACAACAGGCCUCUUCUGCACUAGCAGGAGGAGGUGAUGACGGGACGAAGGGGAGCAGAGGAAGCUCUCCCAUUAAGAAAAUAAAGAGGAACGUCAAGGUGAUGAGAUUAGAUGGCAGCCCAGCUGACCGUGCUCUUUCUCCACCUGUGUCAGGCGACAGUAACAAUAACGUCACCUCCACAGUAACAGAGAACUGUGACAGCCCCAUCAGCAGCAACCAAAAGUGGACAGUAACAUGCUAUCAGUGCAGCCUGUGUCCAUAUCUCUCCCAAACACUGCCCCUGCUCAAAGAGCACCUGAAGCAGCACAAUGAGCUGAACAGUGAUGUCAUCCUCAUGUGCUCAGAGUGUCACUUUACCUCCAGAGACCAGGGGCAGCUUGAGGCACAUGUCAGGCUCCACUUGGACAAUGGAGGAAACCUGAAGAGAGAUUUCACUCCGUCGGAUACCUAUAGCGAUAGGAAGGAAGAUGUUUUAAGAAAGCAGGAUGGGGACUGGACUGGGAGCAGUGGCAGUAUGGGAACUGAGGUCAUCAAAAGUUCAGCGGACAGUUCUGAGGCGCUGCCACAGAAGAAGAAAUGGUACAGCUAUGAGGAGUAUGGACUGUACCGCUGCCUAAUCUGCAGCUACGUCUGCAGCCAGCAGCGGAUGCUAAAGACUCAUGCCUGGAAGCAUGCUGGUCUGGUCGACUGCUCUUACCCCAUCUUCGAGGGUGAAGACGGGGCAGUGAGAGAGUUCAAGGCUGCAGCUAACCCUGCCAUGACCAGAGAGGAAACUGUAGUUUUUUCCCCAGCUCUUCAAGAUAAAAGCCUGCAAAAGCUGCCCACUGCCUUCAAGCUCCAGCUACUGCCACUGGCUGUCGACGGUAAACAGGGUCUGUUGAAUCAGCCUUUUUCUAAUCUUGAUGAAAGUCUAAAAACGGCAGGGGAAGAGGAGGAACGUGUGUAUCCCAUCAAGGACCUGACAUCACAGGAGCCCCUGGUGGAAGUGCAGGUGAUGACGGUGGCGGAGACUGAGGUUGAGAUAGAUGGUCACCAUGAUAGUGCCUCUAUCACGGACAGUUUACUGUCAUCGGCCCAGAAGAUUAUCAACAGCAGUCCCAACAGUGCCGGCCGGAUCAACGUGAUUGUAGAACGUCUUCCCUCGGCUGAGGAUUCAGUCAUGACAACUAACCCACUUCUUCUUAGCCCAGACGUGGACAGGGACAAGAGCCUACAGGAUGUGGAGGAGCAAGAGCGUGACCACAUUGGAACUGUGAAGGAGGAGGUGGUCCUUGGCUGCAGUGCAGACGCUGCUGACAGCCAGGCAUUUAGUGCUGAUAUUAAAUCCUCUGUUGCCAUAAGUAGCAACUCUCCACGGGAUGAAAACGUUCCCCCAGCUGGUCGCAAAAGAACACAUUCUGAGUCCCUCCGCCUGCACUCCCUGGCUGCUGAGGCCCUGGUAGCCAUGCCUAUGAGGACCGCUGAGCUCUCCACCUCCAGCCCCAAACUAAGCAUGAAGACCAUCACAGGCCAGACUCAGUGCUCAAACAUGGGCCAGAAACUGGUAGAAAUGACAACAGCCGGGCAGAAGUCUCCCGACGUGGGAACGACGGCAGCUCUAUUGGACUUGGAACUUCAUAGGGAGGACAGUGAGGAAGAAGAGUUGGGGCCCCUGGGACUCAGGGAGGUAGACGAGGAGGGCCCUGCAACUAAAGCUGGCAUUAGCUUGUCGCUGCUCACCGUCAUUGAAAGACUCAGAGAGCGUUCGGACCAGAAUGCCUCUGAUGAAGAUAUCUUAAAAGAGCUUCAGGACAACGCACAGUUCCAAAACGGGGCCGUGGCCGGUGUGGUCACAGGCAGCGGAGCUGGGAGUUACAUGUGUGCCAUUCCACGAAUGGAUGGGUUGGUUGCUUCUCCGGAUGGUGGUCUGGUGGACUACAUCCCUGGCAGUGAAAGGCCAUACAGAUGCCGCCUAUGUCGCUACAGUAGCAGCAACAAGGGCUACAUCAAACACCACCUGCGGGUUCACAGACAGAGGCAGCCGUAUCAGUGUCCCAUCUGUGAUCACAUCGCCUCAGACAGCAUGGACCUGGAGAGCCAUAUGAUCCACCACUGCAAGACCAGGAUGUACCGGUGCAAGCAGUGCCCAGAUGCCUUUCACUAUAAGAGUCAGUUAAGAAACCAUGAAAGAGAGCACCACAGCUUCAGCAGCGACAUGGCAGCCCUCACAGACGUCACUGAAGCUGCAGCCACAGUGGAGGAAGCCGAGCGGGUAACAGACGAUGAUUGUGCAAAGCAGAAGAUGUACAAAUGUGAUGUGUGCGACUACACCAGCUCCACAUAUGUUGGGGUGAGAAACCACCGACGGAUUCAUAACUCUGACAAGCCUUAUCGGUGCUGUAGCUGUGACUUUGCCACCACCAACAUGAACAGUUUGAAGAGCCACAUGAGGAGGCACCCUCAGGAGCACCAAGCUGUGCAGCUCCUGGAGCAGUACAGGUGCUCUCUGUGUGGCUAUGUGUGCAGUCACCCUCCGUCACUCAAGUCGCACAUGUGGAAGCACGCCGGAGACCAGAAUUACAACUACGAGCAAGUUAACCAAGCCAUUAAUGAGGCCAUCUCCCAGAGCAGCCGAGCUCCUCAGAAGUUGUCUGCAGUUCCAGAAUCAGUGGCCGACCUUGCUGCGGUGGCCCAUCCCUUAAAGGACAAAUUAAAGUCCCCCGUGGAACAAAUUACACCCACACUGACAAAAGCAGCAGUUGAUCCAGCCACGGACAGCACGACUGGCCUCCACACACCCACCACAGACCCCUCACAGUGGUCAGCUGAAUCCCCAAGUCCCCCGGGGAAUGACCCUGCACAGAUCCACUCUCAGUCCCAGAGACAGCCUGUAGGCCAGACCCCCGUCCCGGGCCCCAGCAUGGAGUACUGUGUGCUCUUGUUCUGUUGCUGCAUCUGUGGCUAUGAGUCCACCAGUAAAGAGCGACUGAUGGAGCACAUGAAGGAGCACGAGGGAGACAUCAUCAGCAUCAUCCUCAACAAGGAGCAGCAGCAGCAGCAGCAGCAGCAGCAGCAGCAGCAAACUGAAGUACAACCAAGCCUCCAGACAGCAGAUAAAGAAAGAGACAGGGAAAAUGGGGAGAGAGGAGUAUGACGUGUAACAAGAGUCCCCUGGCUACUGAGACGUCCUCACUGAUGGGCUCCUAAAUUGUGAUUUGUGAAUAUGGGCUUUGAUUGAUAAUAAUGGAACUGCAUGGCACAGACGAAAAAUAUACAUGGGGCUUUGGAUGUAGAAAUAUUACUUGUCAGUAGGAACAAUUCUUUUUUGGGUCUUGACAAAGCCUAAUAAUAACAUGAGACUUGUCCUUAGAAUUGGAUAUUCAAUAGAAGCUAACACUCCCUGUACUAAAGUCACAGAAAUAAUUGUAUAUAACUAUCAUUAUGUGUGUGUCUAUAGAUAUAUAUAUACACACAAAUAUAAUGAUAGAUUCCUUAGGAUGCAUCUAAGUUGCAUGCACCAUGGCCUUACAUGAGUUGUAAUAAAAUGAUAGCUCACUAAAAUACUUCUGUUAGCUUAAUCGCUAACAAAGGAAGACAAAAACAACUUAACAUUAAACUUAACUAAUAACUUAAUAAUUGAAACUGUUGAAACUGUUCCCAUGGAAAAUGUUAGAGGGGUCACAUGGGCAGUGACAUGUCUUGUUUAGUGUCACAAAUUCUAAAAGACUCCACGUUCACUGUUUCAUCUUCAGAACCAUUCAUCUGGGCCAUAUGAGGUUACAGCAACGACCUCUGACUGUCAUAGGAACAAUUGUGUUUUGUUGUGGUUUAUUGUGCCUUUUAGUUCAAAGUAUUAUUUAGGUUGGAGCUGCAAAUUGACCAUAGAUCAAUAUUGUAUUUUAGUAGUCAGUCAGUGGGAGAAACUUAAUCACCUCAGUAGGUUUCCCAUCGAUGCAAAUGCACAUUUUUUAUUUAACAGUUUGGGUGAACAGAGUGUGAAGCAGCCGUGUCAUAUAUGUAUUACUACAAGGUUUUUUUUAAGCUAAAAAUGGGCUGAGACACUUGAUAUGUAUUUUAGGUGUGUACAUAUUGUAGAUGAACACUGCAGAAACUGAAAACUGACAUUUUUUAAAAGAUAAAAUCUAUUUUUUCAUAAUCUUGUAGAAAAAAAAAACAACUUACAACAACAAUCAACUUUCAGAUUGAAUUUCUGCUUUGUUCUUAUUUACUCCCAGUCUGUUUUAAUUCAACUGAUGGUUUUAAGCUGAAAGCGGCAAAAUUAGCCACGUGACUUUAAACCAAAGCUGGUGGAAACGUAACAUGUUUGUCCUGAUCAGUGUAUUUUUACUCUUAUUAAACUUUGUAAUGGGGGGUUGAGCAUGGUAUUGUGUCCAACAGCGGUGUGAGGUUUGCUUCAUGCUGUUUAUUUAUUCUUUAGAACAUCGUAGGCAGUGUCAUGUCACUACUUUGCUAUUGUAUUUUUGGUAAUAAAGAUUGAGA